AUGUCACGACACUCAGCACUCGACAACGUCCAGUUUCACUCGGGGAAGGGGACGUCCUUCUCUCCUCUCGACCACGACAUGGACAGGGAGAUGGAGAUGGAGAUGGAGAUGGAGGACGAGCCCCUCUCGGACGACACAGAUGCACAGUCGAUAUCCCUCUCUACUCCACCUCGCUCGCCUACUCAACCGCGCUCGGGAAGACCGAGCUCGACACUUGUACGUCCUGAGCCUGGGACGGGAGGGACGGGGACAGGCGCGUUCUUUAGGGAGCCAUCGCCUGAUCCUGUUUUGCGACAGGAGAUGGAGGACGAGGAGGAAGAUGGGGAGGGAGGGAGAGAAGUACAGAGGGAGAGGCAAAGGGAGAGGGAGAGGGAUACGGAUAGAGAAGUACCAUGGUCACCAGAGUCUGACGCUCUCCCUUCAGCGACAUCCCAAUCCCGUCUGCUCGACUCCCCACGCACUCCCUCCUCUGCUCGUGCCCUCCGCUCCCCAGCGUCCCAGCAACCCAGGACACCGCUCUCCUCCCGCCUCUCGCACAUCCUCACCGGCUCCCCCUCAGUAGCGACCAUGCUCGUCCCCCGACCUCGGCCCGCCAGCCUCCCGCUCGCAUAUACGAAGGGCGAGCUCAUCCUCGGUGUUAUCGUCAUCGAUUUCAAUCAUCUUGUUGGGCCGAAAGUCGAGUUUGCAGUCCCGCCUAGUGUGGGAGCGGACGAGGAGAUGUGUGGUAUACUCCCGUUUUUGGCGUUGCCUGAUGGGGCGCAUUUGAGUAGUGAGGACUAUUGUUAUUUCCACUUGUCGUCAACACACGUCUCUCCCGACGGGACACCGCAGACCGUAUUCGGGAUCUCUUGCAACCGCCAGAUCCAGACGUCCCAGCUCACGAAGAAAGCCGCAGACGUCACCCGCAGCACGGUGCAGAAAGCGGUUGUCGUCCUCGCUUCCAAGCCCAUAUUCGGGCCCAUACGGGACAAGCUAGGCGUUGUCACCCGGGCUUUUUUUAACCAACUGGACUUUGGCCAGACGGAGAUCUUGGUGGAGUUCUACAAGAGCUUGGAGGGGAACCUUACUGGCCAGCUAACGGAGAGCGCACUGUACAUGGGGACGAGUCUGCGGGAGCUGGUCCACAAGUUCAGGCAUAAGACGUUGGUCCUCCUCAAGAUGCUUAUGUUGCAGCGCAAGAUCAUGUUCUUCGGCCAACCAGUAGAGACCCUCUGCACCUACCAAUACUCGCUCGUCUCCCUCAUCCCCGGCCUCCUGGACCACCUCGCCGACUGCGCGACUCCCUUCCACGACAGGCGAGAAAACGACCACGACCGGCCCUCCGAGCUGCGGACAUCUGACCGGCUCUCCCUCCUCCGCUACCUCGGCCUACCCCUCAACGUCUUCGGGAAGAACGCUUUCUUCCAGCCUUACCUCCCUCUCCAGGAAGUGGACAUGCUUCGCUCCGCAUCGUCCUACCUCUGCGGGACGACGAACAACAUCGUCACCCAGCAGCGAGAUAGCAAGCCUGACCUGCUCAUCAAUAUCGAGAGCAUGGCCUUUGAGUUUGCGGACCAGAAGCUAGAGAGGAGCGUGCUCCUCACCCCGGCGGACAGGAAAUGGAUGGACGAGAUCGUGCGGAGCGUGCAGGAGACGUGGGUGGAAGAGGACCCCAGCCGGCCGAGCGGGAUGCAGUUCCUGGGGAGCGACGACUUCCUUCGAUCAAAGUUUGAGGACUAUAUCUGCUCGGCGCUGUCUGCGAUCAAGUAUGCAGACUUCCUCGCCAAGGGGGCCAAGAACGACGUGAUGAUUUCCGGUGCUCCAAGCCCUGCGGAGGUGACACAGCGGUUUGGGGAAUCGUUCAUCGCCGGGUUUAGGCAGACGAGGUGUGGUCAGCUCUGGGACCGUACGACCGAUCCGGUGUUAUUCGACAUCUGCGAGCCGCGGCAUCCGUGUGAUACCACCCCCUCACUAGCGGCGGAUAUCGGCCUCCGGCUUACUGAGGGUUUACAUGAGCUCAAUCUCGAGGAACGGAUGGCCCCUGCGCGGGAAGCGCUCAAUACCGCCUGGACCUCGGGGCUCAAGGCGGCCGAAGGGCUGCAGGCAAAUAUAGCCGCUGGGCUGCAGUCACGAUUUGGGUCUUCGGGGUCUGGGACUGACUUGCCUGCUGGGGGUCAGCAGACGCAACAGUCGCAGCAACAACAGCAGCAGCCACAACAGCAGGGGACACCUCGGCCCGGUACAGGGCUGAGGCAACUGAGCCUCGUGCGAGAAGGUCUGGCACCCGCUUUCCAGCAAGGGGCAAGCGUGGCAACGGAAGGCGCCAAAGGGGUAGCAGGUGUCGUAGGCGGGUGGGGGAGCUUCCUCGCUGGCAGGGUAGGCGCGUUCGCGGGGGGUGUACAAACGCCCACUACGCCGACUGCGCCCACCCCUGUUACUCCUGUUGCAGGGAAGCAGGGUGCGGCGAAAGGGUAUUUCUGGGAAAGGAGGUCGACUGAUGGACUGGCUGCUGGUUCCCCUGCGGGCGGGGGUACGGGCUUGCUGGGUGUGGGGGGAACUCCGAGCGGGCGGGCGAGUAUGGAUAUGCCGAGGGAGAUGAAGGAGGGAAGACCGUCUAGCGGAGAAGGAGCUAGUGUGAGCACGGGGAGCAGCUGGAGCUGGUUAAGCCGCGCGAGCUCGGGUAGCGGGACGAGCGUAGGAGGCUCGGAGAGCAAAGAGGAGACACUGGGUCUGCCUGUUGAGAAGGCCAGCUAA